AAUGUUAAAUACAAAAUUGACAAGUAUAAAAAAUAAUAGAGGGAAUAUUGUUCAUUUUUCUUUCACAGUUAUAACCUUUCAUAACCGAAUCACAGUCCCUCCCCCGCAACAACCAAAACCCCGGUGACAUCUGCCGUAGCCACCGCAACAGCUGCCGUAACACAUGCUUCGGAAUCUCCGUACGCGGCGGCGUCCGCUUUACGGCGCUCACAUUUGCGCCUUAGCCGCCGCAAUUCUCCUCCUCCUCUCCGUUUCACUUCUCUACAGUCGUCUCAACUUCUUCCUCCAACCUAACAAUCCCCACCCUCAUCAUACCCUCCAAUACGAUGCCGUUUCACUUAACGACUCUCUUGUCGACGAUUUAGCUGACGCUGAUUACCGUUCCUCCGAUGACCGCAUCGACGAGCAAGAUGUUGCUGAUAACAGUAACAGUAACGAUGAUGAGUUGUUGUUGUCCAAUGAAGAGGAUGAAGAAGAAGUCAUGAAUCAGUAUCCUAGGGUUUCGUCUACGUAUUUUUAUGAUCAGAGGAAUGGAGUUGUACGGAGAGCGUUUAAUAAGCGAUCGAUUGAGGAAUGGGAAGAUUACGUUAAUUUCGAAUCGAGGAUGAAGUUAGGGUUAGGUUUUAAGAGUGAUGAAUCUAAGGCGGCGUUUGGAUCAGAUGAUCUUCCAGUAGAUGUGCAAAUGAGGAUGAAGUUGAGUGAAAUUAAGAGUGUUGAAGAUGCUUUGUUACUAAAAGGAUCACCUUUAAGGGAAGGUUGGGGUGAAUGGUUUGAAAAGAAGAGUGAUUUUUUGAGGCGUGAUAGAAUGUUUAAGUCGAAUUUGGAGGUGUUGAAUCCGAAUAAUAAUCCCAUGUUGCAGGAUCCUGAUGGCCCUGGGAUUACUGGAUUGAGUAGAGGGGAUAAGAUUGUGUUAAAAGGGUUGAUGAAUGAGUAUAAGAAAGUCCCAUUUCUGGCGAAAAAGCCACUAUCAGUGUCUGAAUCGACGAAAUCUGAGCUGGUUAAUGAUGCUUUGGAUUUGCAGAAGAUGGUGGGGCUUGCAAAAGAUGAUGUUUUCAAGUCAAAGGAGUUGAAAACAAAUGAUGAGGAUGUGAAUAGAGGGAAGAGAGUGAAGCAUAGAACAUUAAACGAUAAUGCUAGAAUUGGAAAAAGAGUUGUUCAUAAUAGCGAUGAAGAUUCAGCUACUAGGAGUAAGGAAGAGAUAAGGAAUGGUGAUAUGAAAGUUGUGGAAGGUGAUGCCGGAGGUGAUGUUUCUAGGCAAGUCUUUGCUGAUGGAAAGAGAUGGGGUUACUUUCCGGGUUUGCAACCCAAGUUAUCUUUCACUAAUUUUAUGGACUCAUUUUUCAGGAAAGCAAAAUGUACUAUCAGAGUUUUCAUGGUCUGGAAUUCUCCAGCAUGGAUGUUUACUGCUCGGUAUCAGAGGGGACUUGAGAGUGUACUUAACCAUCACCGAGAUGCUUGUGUGGUUGUUUUCUCUGAGACAAUUGAACUUAACUUCUUUAGUGGUUUUGUGAAGGAUGGCUUCAAAGUGGCUGUUGUGAUGCCCAAUCUUGAUGAGCUCCUAUUAGACACACCAACACAUGUAUUUGCUUCUGUCUGGUACGAAUGGAAGCGGACAAAACAUUAUCCUUUGCAUUACAGUGAACUUGUCAGGCUGGCAGCUCUAUACAAGUAUGGCGGAAUCUAUCUUGACUCAGACAUCGUAGUGUUGAAUUCAUUGUCUUCACUUAAUAAUACUGUUGCUUUUGAGGAUGACCUACGUGGAAAAAAAUUGAAUGGUGCUGUAAUGGCUUUUAGAAAGCACAGUCCUUUUAUAAUGGAGUGUUUGAAGGAGUUUUAUGCAUCUUAUGACGACUCACAAUUGAGAUGGAAUGGAGCUGAUCUUUUGGCAAGAGUUGCUAGUAACUUUUCUGUCAAUGAUAAUCUAUCCGGUAGAAAGAUGGAGAUCAAUUUUCAACCCUCUUUCAUUUUCUUCCCUAUCAGUCAUAACAACAUUACCAGAUACUUCUCUGCACCAGCAAUGGAGACUGAGAAAGCUGAACAAGACAAUAUCUUUAAAACUAUCCUCAAAGAAGCAGUCACGUUUCACUUUUGGAAUGGCUUAACUUCAGCAAUGGUCCCAGAGCCUGGGAGUCUUGCAUACCGGAUCAUUAAUUACAAUUGCCUACGUUGCUCUGACACACUGUGAAACACAUUCAAAUCAUUAAAGCAGAUGGCAUUGUAUAAUAUUUCUAUUUUCAUGCCAUUAGAACAUCACAGCUUUUAAAGAGAUCCAAAAGAGAAGCCAGUUGUGAAGAUGUACAUUUAAUAUUUUGGUGUUGCUUCGUCCAUGAAGAAAUGCUGCUUAUGGUAAUAUUGUCCUAUCUAUAUAUAAAUUCUUGUUGUAGGAAACAUGAAUCUCCAGUUGGUAAGGCUUUCUGGACCUUGCAUUGUUAGUCUAUUAGUUGUUGUAGAUGACCUCAAGGGAGGGAUUAAGAGGUCUCACUUUUUGUAGCUGAGUUCUUUUGUAUAUUUGUUUCCCUGAUUUUGUAGUUCUCAUUUAUAUCAUUCCGAUUCAUAUGAUUCACUUAAUUGUAAUCCUGAGUUUUGUAGAAUUAUUUGUAGUCAUUGGCAACACAACAAUGAUAUAUAUAUAUAUAUAUUCAAGAGAUGUUCCUUCUA